GCGGCGGCGGCGGCGACCUAUUGCCAUUCCUGCCGGUCGGGCGACGUAACGCGUAUCGCACCGCACUUGUACGCGCAGACCGCGAGGCGAGUACACAGACGCGCACGUGAUCGGUUUUUUUGUUUUCGAAAAAUCAAAUUUCGAACGUUACUCACCCGCACCGCCAGAGCCGAGAGACUCGAUCGGAGGACUCGUACUCACGCGAGCGCGUCUGUCCGAUAACUGCAGUCACUAUUACUCAUCGCUGCAGAAGUGGUGCCCGUGGGAUUUAUCGUCGUUUCGGACAUUUUUUCAACCGUCAAAUUUGAACCACCAUGAUUAGAACCAUGGUUCUGAUCAGUUUCGUCGCUCUUGGAUUGUCCUGCGGUCUGGCGUCGGCGGCCCCUUACAACAUACGAAACUUAAACGACGCCGUGUUCUCCAACCCACUGGGGACGAAACAGUGUACAGUUUCAGGAGUGCUUUAUAAUCACAGUCAAAAGAUACUGUUUACCGACCACUGUAAGGCAUGCAUUUGCAUCGACGGGCAGAUAUUUUGCUAUUGGCAAUGCGACGACACAGCUCCUGCAGACACAAUGGACGAAGAGAUCGACGACGAACCGCAAUCCACGUCCACGACAAACAUAAUUUCCACUACCUUCGAAACCGACGUGAGUUCGAAAUCAACAAACAUUGUACCGCACUCGAGCCCCUCUGACGUUUUGCUGACAACCACCGUGACACCCAACGAUGACGCCGAGCCGUUUUGCCUCGUUAUGGGUGUCAGAUAUAAGCCAGGCAGCGUUUUGCCGAGGGACGCGGGGUCCUGUCUGGAAUGUCAGUGCGGCCAAAACUCGCAGAUCGCGUGCAGCCCGAAGGACUGCAUAACGUUGAAUUCGUUGAACGACGAGGACACUUCCGAACCGGAUUUCUACGGCAACAGCAACGGCGAACAGGGCAACGGAAAUUUCAACAUGGACAUGUUUGCCGUCAACGUCGUUUGAUGGAAAUCGUCGAUGGAGCGAGAGAGAGAGAGAAAGAGAGAAAAUUAUUGAUAUUAAACGAUGCGUCUUUUACGAUUAAUACCUACAUGCGAUUUGUCUUACAAAUAACAGCUAUAAUAAUAUAUCAUUAUACUAACACAUUGUAAUUCCCGCCAAAAUGUCUACAAUAAAUAAUGAUAAAAUGCCCUUAUUAAUACUCAAACUGCAGUAACGGUUUUUCGUCUUGGUGCUUUCGAUUUGAGUUUACACAUACAUUCACGUAGUUUUUUAUUUUAAUUAUUAUUUCAUUUUUAACAGUGCAUUUUUAAAUUUUUAACAGUCAUUUUUAAUCAUCUAUACAGAGUACCUAAGAAGUAAGAAAUCCCCAUCAAAUAAAAAUACGAGCUGUGACCAUUUAAAGAUAAAAUGUCCCUUGCCCAUAGACAUUAAGUGUUUCCCUGUCGAAAUUCGUGGUUAAUGCCCAAUAACGGAAAUAAAGUUCAAUUCAAAUUUCAUUCGAAAUUUCAAACCCAAUAACCACAAACAAUGCUUGCCAGCGUCUUGCUGCUUUUUUCAAUAAAAUAUAUAAUAAUACUCUUGUAUAUUAAACAUAAUACAAUAGUGUCAUAAUAUACGCACUAUCAUUUCCUAUUAUAGUGAGUGGUAUAUCGCGUAACAGGUACAUUGAAUAGUUGAAGAUCGGUAAUAAUGAUCGACUGCAACCUAUAUCAUAAACCUUGCAAAAUUCGAAAAAUCGUCUAAACCCUAUGUUGUUGGCGGUGUUAUAUUAUAUAUUUUUUUUACGCAUUCAUGAAAACAACGACAAAUAUUUGAAACCGAUAAAAAUAUACCAUUGCGAUGUGUAUGAAAGAUAGACCAAGUCGCUUAGGAUAUCGCGGUAAUCUGGUUCAGACAUAUUAGAUAUAAUUUUUACUAUUUCUUAGAUAUUAUUUGAUAAUAGUAAUAUAAUACCUGUACAAUAAUUGUACACAUUGUAUCAAUAAGUAAUAUAUAUUCUAGUGUGCGUUGUUUCGUUGCCCAUAUCAUAAUAUCAUAUUGAAUUUAAACGAAAUUCAAGCUGAAAGAGAGCUUAAUACCUAUAUAAUAAUAUGCUGGGUAUAGUUCCGCAGGGAGGUGCAUAAAACAUUAGAGAUCCGUUCUCUGGACCAGUCAUUUUUCGGAACAUUAGUUAUUAUCUUUAUUAUUCAGUUUUAUAGCGGUUCUUUUGUUUUAUUUUUCUUAGUUUUAAAAGUUGAUAUCGUUCUCGCAUAUUUUAACUGUACAUACAUGUAAUGUUCGACGUACUGACUUUUCGGUAUUAGCCCUCCGUUCAAUAAUCCGUAUUAUAUAGGUGCCAUAUUAUCAAAUUGUACAUUUUGUCUUGAGCGAACUGGUCUUUCUACCACAAACUGUUUUUCAUUACAACGCAAUAACUUAUCUCAACCAUACCAACAGACCAAAAUAUUAAUAUAUUAUGAUAAA